AUGUCUUCAACCAAGUCACUACCAAAACGAAAGGCAGAUGACAUCGAUUUGCCCGUUCGUGGGCAAGACCCUGCAGAACGGAAAAGAGUUCUCAACGUACUAGCUCAGAGGAGAUAUCGCCAACGGAAGAAGGAACAUAUAGAGAAACUUGAAGCGCAUGUCAAGCCUGUUGAUUUCGCUGUACCAAACGACAAGCAAAGCUCGAGGAGAACCAAGGCCUUGUCAUCAGAUACUCAACCAGUGGCAUCACGGUCAAGCCAACAGGUCCGUGGAGGGACUGCACAGGUCGAUCCCACAUCGAUCAUAACUGAACUACCCAUCAUUGUGAGUGAGAUAUGUGACGACAAUCCAUUGGAUCCAGCAUUGUGCUUCUUGUCAUCAUCACCCACUCAAGUGCAGAAGCCACCCAUGACCCAAGCAGUCGAGGCCACUUCAGAUCCGUUUCUCAUGGACCCCUUUGUAGCCUAUGAUACAACCCGGACAUCAAUUCUUGAUGGCCAGUCUUUUUGGGCCACACCAAUAGCACUCCCAUCAAUUUCCAAUAGCCCCGAAUCCUCCACGACGGGUUCAUCGUCAAGAGAGAGUGUUAGUUGGUCCUUACCGUUAUUUCCGUUGGUAGACGAGGAGGAAGACCACACGACAGCCACCACAAUGGGCCAGAGCAACCAAAUAUCUGCCAGGUCGCCAACAAACGACUUGCAAUACUGUUUUCCCGACGAAGCCCACCUGGAAGUUCUCGAGCUGACACUUCUCCGUGGUUGUAUGAUGAUUGCCACCCGACUAAAUGUGAGCGAUAUCAUCUGGUCGCUUACAGCGCAGUCACCAUUCACAGAGCCUUUCAUGGCGUUCGCGCAAUACAGACACUUACCAGCCAAUCUGCAACCUACCAUGGUUCAAAUGACGGUACCCCAUCACCCGAUCAUAGAUCUUCUCCCAUGGCCAAGGGUGCGGGAUAGGAUGAUCACGAUUCUCUCGCAACCACCAGAAAUGCGACCCCCACAGGCUGCCUCGCAGACCGCACUGCUAGAUUUCGUGUACGAUAUUGAGGACAGUUCAGAAGGCAUGCGACUUUCGGGUAGUGAUCCAUACUCGGCCAAUAAUUGGGAAGUUGGAGAGAAGGUCUUUAGUUCUUGGUGGUGGAUAUUCGAUCGCGACAUAUUGAGGCGAAGUAAUGAGUUGAGACAGUCAAGAGGUGCUCCGUUGCUGGGCAGUCAGCCUGGAACUGUCUUGGGUGAGGUAGCCUAA